CCUCUUUACUCUUUAAAAACAGCAGACCUGUGCUCCAUUAUAUAAACACGACUCAUCACACUCCUUUGUGCAAUGCCAUUUCCAAUUCUGAAGCAACUCAUCAUGUCGUUCUUCAUCCCCAACCCCAGACCCAACUUGUUCUUCUUUCUCAUUUUGGGUUUCCUGAUCUCUUCAUCCCAUCACUCCUUUUUCCCCAUUUGCAGAGCGGCACUUGAUGACUCUGGUGAAGUUGGUGAUGAACUUCCAUUUGCUUAUGUAGAAGGAACUGGUAAAGGACCAAAGAAUUGGGGUGAUAUUGACCCACACUGGAAAGCUUGUGAUACUGGAAACAUGCAAUCUCCUAUUGAUCUUUUAAAUAUUAGGGUGCAGGUUUUUCCUAACUUGGGGAAAUUGAAAAGGGAUUACAAACCAGCCCCUGCUACUGUCAAGAACAGAGGGCAUGACAUUACGGUGAGGUGGAAAGAAGAUGCCGGGAAAAUCAAUAUUAAUGGCACAGACUAUAAUCUGCUACAAAGCCAUUGGCAUUCACCUUCUGAACACACUUUUAAUGGAUCAAGGUAUGAUUUGGAGCUUCACGUAAUCCAUAGAAGCUCUACUGGAAAACUCGCUGUUAUUGGAAUUGUAUACAAAUAUGGCCGACCAGAUCCCUUCCUUUCCGAGCUGUUUCACCACAUAAACUCAGUCGGGAAAGAAGAGGUUGAUAUUGGGAUUAUUAAUCCAGGAAACAUUAAGUUUGGAAGCAGAAAGUAUUAUAGAUACAUUGGUUCUCUCACAGUUCCUCCCUGCACUGAGGGUGUCAUUUGGACAAUAGUCAAAAAGGUGAGAACGGUUUCAAGGGAGCAAGUGCGAGCACUAAGAGAGACAGUUCAUGAUGGAUAUGCGGUAAAUGCAAGGCCAACUCAACAAUUCAAUGGGAGACCAGUGCUGUUAUACACUCCAGGCGAGAAUGGUGGUUCUGGUUAGGUCUAUAUAUGAUUAAAUGCAACGGAUCGGAAAACCAAGCGGAAGUGGGAAUUCACAUUCAAGUUGAGGGGUAUUCAUUUAUAAAUCUUAUAAACAAAAUUAUAUGUUCCUGA